GGUAACUAAUUGGCACCAGAUGGGCGGGGAGUGGUCUUGUCUAAGCCCUCCUCCCUUCGACGGUGCAAAGCGAGGUGGAAACUGCCCCCCAGCGGCCGGGGCGUCCGCCCUGCGCCCUUAGGUCCGUGCCACUGCUCAGUGUAGUGGGACAGGGACGGACGCGCAGCGUAGGUGCCGCGGUGCACGGUACGUCCGGGCCCGCACCGGCCUCCGAGGGUGAGCGAAUCGUGGGCCUCUCGGACUAAGGGCCGGCGGGAGGCUCGGUGAGCAUUCGGACGCGCCCCCUCCCGGAGCCGCCGAGGUGUUUGUUCCCCGAUAAAAAUGCCUUGGCACAGCCCCGUGUCGCCUUUCCUCGGGAGCGUUCACUGAGAACAGAAACGGGUGGUGCCCGGGAGUGUGGCCAAGGCGUCCCCGGGUCCCUGUGGGAGAGGGUCCCCGGGUGAGUUUCGGCAGGUCCCGCGAGGUGCGGACUCCUGCGCCCCGGACGCCGUCCUCCUCUGGGGGCGUGCCCCUCCGCGGAACCCUCGGGCACGCGGGGGCCACCGCCAAUGGGUCGCCGCCCGCCCCCGCCCCCGCCCCCUUUCAAACGUCCGCUGGCCGAGACCCGGCGCGAGGGGAGGGCGGCGCUGGGCUUGAGCAGAGACUGCGAGGAGCCAGCGGAGGGCCGGAGGUGCCCCAACCCCGCCCGGGAGGCGGGCGCCGCCUGGGCUCCGGGAGCGCAGAGCGGCUGGGGCGCCCCUCUCUGAACUGCAGGCAGACUCCCGACAGAGCCCAGAGGCAGGGCAGGACGCGGGACCCCACAGGGUCCCUGAAAGCCCACAGUGGCCGUGAACAGUGAGGGGGCGUGGCCAACGGUCCGGCCGCGGGAGCUGACCGCCGGACACCGCGCACGAUGCCGCCCGCGACGGCUACCAACAAGGUCUCCCUCCGGGAGCUGGCCGACCUGGCCAUCGGCACCCCGGAGGUGGGCGCCGUGAACUUCACGGCCCUUCACACGCUCAUCGUGGCCAUGCUCAAGAACCUCCACUUGCAGGACACCCGGGUGAACUUCCAGACCCUGUCGCCUGAGCCGAGUCGUUCCUUGGAGGGCGCACGGGCCUCGAUGAGCACCCCGCAGGUGGGUGUGCCCAAGGAGAAGCGGAGGAGCAGCGUGGCCAAGGUGCCGGCCCAGACGCUGGAGAGCCAGGUGAAGGACCUGGGCGGGCAGGUUCAGGACCUGAACCGGCAUUUCAAGACCAUGGACAGCCAGGUGCAGGCCAUGCUGGAUCACAUGCAAUACUUCACUGCCCUGGUAAGCGGAGAGGACUUGGACGCCCAGGAGUGGCAGGAGACCCAGGAGAUGGAAAAGGACUUGGCUCAGGAGAUGGCCACUCCCACCACGGAUAUGACCACGCCCACUAUCGACACGGCCACGCCCACUAUUGAGAAGACCAAGUUGGUGACGGCCACACCACUGCCCAAGAUGCCCCCGCCUGUACUGGGGGCGGCCUCAGCAUUGCCUGAGACGGCCAUACCAGUGCCCGGCACGGCCACAUUGGUGCCCGAGAAAAUGCGAAGGGGGUUGAUGAAAAUGUGGAAGGACAGACCGAAGAGCACGGAGCUGCUCCAGACCGUCAUGCAAGACGCGAAAAUGCUGAAGGAAGUCCGGGAGAAAGCCCAGGAGAUGACCCCAAUUAAACUUCUGCAACGGAUCGAGGAAGUGGAGCGGAUAGUCAGAAGCCGGGAUGAAAUCCUGGAACCCUUGAGCCGGAAGCUGACUCUGAUACCUCCUGGGGAAGAAGUCACCAUGGUCACCUGGGAGGAGCUGGAGCAAGCGAUCGCGGACGGCUGGAAGGUCUCCCAAGGGGUGAACGCAUUCCAUGGGGGGCGGAGGUGUGGCGGCGGUCUCCCCCGAGCCUCUCCCUCUUUGCUGUCAGGCGGGGUUCCUUACUCGCGGCCUCCGCUUGCUUUCUUCCUCUUCAACCAGGGCUCGGACUCAACAACAGCACUUAUGAAGCGCAGAAGCUUAAGGCAGACGUCCUUAACAUCAAAUGACAUGGGUCCGAGCGGGUCCUCCGUCAAGAGUUCAAGUGUCGACAAGACUCUGGAUUCUACUGGUGGCUUUGGCCCAGAUCAGACCUUACCAGGGGCCGGCAGGUCAGGAUACCCGUCUGAGGGCGCGCCUGGCAGGGAACAAGGCAGACUCACCUCUGCCGCUGGGUUUCCUGGGAGAGAACAGCACCCCAGGGCCCGUGAUGAAGCCAGCCUGGCCAAAACCCAGCAACCCCCCGAGUCCCAACUCAGAGCGGAGCCUCGAGACCAGUCCGGCUUCGCACACCCUGGCCCCGCUCCCGAGGACUCAGCCUCAGCUAGGGGCGGGCAUCGUCCCGUGCACCCAGACCCGAUGAGGGCGGUGCAGGUCAGCCCGGGUCAAGUCUACGCGUGGCCAGAUCAGCAGGGGUUGGAGCCACUUGUCCUGGAUCAGCCUGAAUUGCUACAGCCGAGCACUCACCCGCCUGGCGUGUUCCCCUUCAGCACGAGCCCGCUGGGCAUGAUGCCGCCUGGAAUGGGCACGCAGGAAUCAGUAAUCCCCGGCAUGGGUCAGCAGGAUGUGGUGCCACCACGGGUACCUGGCACAGAGCAGCAAGGACUGGCACUACCCAGUGUGGAGCAGCCUGGUGUAGUUCCACUUGGCACAUAUCAACAAGGUGUGAGACUUCCUGGCACAGACCCACGUGGUGUGGAAUGGGCUGGCAUGGACGAGAGUGGCGUGGGGCCGCCUGGCAUAGGUCAGCAGGGAUUUGCAGUAUUUGGCAUGGAUCAACAGGGACUGGCUCCCCCGGUUACAGACCAGCAUGUUCCGGGAUCAGCUGGUCUGAUGCAAGUUGUCACAGACCAGCAAGGUUCUGUACAGCUCAGCGUGGAAACACCUGAAUUCGCGCACCGUGGCUUACAGCAGUAUGUUGGGGACCAGCUUCGUGCAAUUCAGCCUGGUGCUUAUCCACCUGGUUGGGUUCAACCUGGUGCACAUCCUGGUUUAGUCCAGCCUGGAAUGGAUCAGACUGGUUUGGUGGAGCCUGGAGCAGUACAGACCGGUUUGGUCCAACCUGCAGCAGUUCAGCCUAGCUUUGUCCAACCUGGAGCAGUUCAGCCUAGCUUUGUCCAACCUGGAGCAGUACAUCCUGGUUUUGUCCAAUCUGAAGCAGUACAGACCGGUUUGGUCCAACAUGGAGCAGUUCAGCCUGGUUUUGUCCAACCUGGAGCAGUUCAGCCUGGUUUGGUCCAACCUGGAGCAGUUCAGCCUGGUUUGGUCCAACCUGGAGCAGUUCAGCCUGGUUUUGUCCAACCUGGAGCAGUUCAGCCUGGUUUGGUCCAACCUGGAGCAGUUCAGCCUGGUUUUGUCCAACCUGGAGCAGUUCAGCCUGGUUUGGUCCAACCUGGAGCAGUUCAGCCUGGUUUGGUCCAGUCUGGAGCAGUACAGACUGGUUUGGUCCAACCUGGUGCAGAUCAGCCUGGUGCAGGUCAGCCUGGUGCCGUCCAGCCAGGAGCAGGUCAGCCUGGUGCAGGUCAGCCUGGUUUUGUCCAACCUGGUACAGGUCAGCCUGGUUUUGUCCAACCAGGAGCAGGUCAGCCUGGUUUUGUUCAACCUGGUGCAGGUUGGCCUGGCACAGGUCAGCCUGGUUUUGUCCAACCUGGUGCAGGUCAGCCUGGUUUUGUUCAGCCUGGUGCAGGUCAGCCUGGAACAGGUCAGCCUGGUUUUGUCCAGCCUGGUUCAGGCCAGACUGAUGCAGGUCAACCUGGUACAGGUCAGCCUGGUUUGGUCCAACCUGGUGCAGGUCAGCCUGGUGCAGUUCAGCCUGGUUUUGUCCAACCUGGUGCAGUACAGCCUGGUUUGGUCCAACCUGGUGCAGGUCAGCCUGGUGCAGUCCAACCUGGUGCAGGUCAGCCUGGUUUUGUCCAACCUGGUGCAGUUCAGCCUGGUGCGGUCCAGCCUGGUGCAGCUCAGCCUGGUUUUGUCCAACCGGGUGUAGGUCAGCCUGGUGCAGGUCGGCCUGGUUUUGUCCAAACUGGUGCAGCUCAGCCUGGUUUGGUCCAACCGGGUGCAGGUCAGCCUGGUUCUGUCCAACCUGGUACAGUCCAACCUGGUGCAGGUUGGCCUGGUGCAGUCCAACCAGGUGCAGGUCAGCCUGGUUCUGUCCAACCUGGUGCAGGUCGGCCUGGUACAGUCCAACCUGGUGCAGGUCGGCCUGGUGCAGUCCAACCUGGUGCAGGCCAGCCUGGUUUUGUCCAAGCUGGUGCAGGCCAUCCUGGUUUUGUUCAACCUGGUGCAGGUCAGCCUGGUUUUGUCCAACCUGGUGCAGGUCAGCCUGGUGCGGUCCAACCUGGUGUAGGUCAGCCUGGUGUAGUCCAACCUGGUGCAGGUCGGCCUGGUGCAGUCCAACCUGGUGCAGGCCGGCCUGGUGCAGGUCAGCCUGGUUUUGUCCAACCAGGAGCAGGUCAGCCUGGCGCAGGUCAGCCUAGUGCAGUCCAACCUGGUGCAGGUCGGCCUGGUGCAGGUCAGCCUGGUGCAGGUCAGCCUGGUUUUGUCCAACCUGGUGCAGGUCAGCCUGGUUUUGUCCAACCUGGUGCAGGUCAGCCUGGUGCAGUCCAACCGGGUGCAGGUCAGCCUGGUGCAGUCCAACCUGGUGCAGGUCAGCCUGGUGCAGGUCAGCCUGGUUUUGUCCAACCUGGUGCAGGUCGGCCUGGUUUUGUCCAACCUGGUGCAGGUCAGCCUGGUUUUGUCCAACCUGGUGCAGGUCAGCCUGGUGCAGGUCAGCCUGGUGCAGGUCAGCCUGGUUUUGUCCAACCUGGUGCAGGUCGGCCUGGUUUUGUCCAACCUGGUGCAGGUCAGCCUGGUGCAGGUCAGCCUGGUUUUGUGCAACCUGGUGCAGGUCAGCCUGGUUUUGUCCAACCUGGUGCAGGUCAGCCUGGCACAGGUCAGCCUGGUUUUGUCCAACCUGGUGCAGGUUGGCCUGGUUUUGUCCAACCUGGUGCAGGUUGGCCUGGUUUUGUCCAACUUGGUGCAGGUCAGCCUGGUACAAUCCAACCAGGAACAGGUCAGCCUGGCACAGGUCAGCCUGGUUUUGUUCAACCUGGUGCAGGUCAGCCUGGUAUAAUCCAACCAGGAACAGGUCAGCCUGGUGCAGUUCAGCCUGGUUUGGUCCAACCUGGCACAGGUCAGCCUGGUUUGGUCCAACCUGGUGCAGAUCAACUUGAUUUGGUCCAACCUGGAAUGGAUCAGCGGGGUUUGGUUCAGAGUGGUGUAUAUCCACCUGGUUUGGUCCAGCCAGGGGCCUAUCCCCAUGGUGUGGUCCAGCGUGGUGCAUAUCGUCCUGAUUCCAUGCAGCCUGGGACGGAUCAGGGUGGUCUGAGCCAACCUGGUGCAGAUUACCAAGGCUUGGUACCACUAGGCACCGAGUCCCGCGGCUUCCCGUCCCGCUCGGAUUAUCCACCUUUUACACCGCCACGCCCGUAUCAGCACGGGGUGGUGCCUCGUAGCACAGAUCAUCCUACCCAGGUGUCAGCACUUCCAGCCUCGCAAGGUUUGAUGUCACCAGGUCCAGUCCAAGAGGGUUUGGCACCAACAGAAACUUAUCAACAGGGUUUGAUGCCCCCUGGCACAGACCAGCGUGGUCCGACACCGAUAAGCACAGGUAUGCAACCUGCACGCCCAGAGCAGCAGCCUCUGGCCCCACGUGGCCCGCAGCAGCGUGACCACACACCCUCUAUCCCGAGCACCCCCGGCUUCGAGUACCCCGGCCCGAGUGGCCUGGGAUACCCAGAUAGCAAUAAGUAUGUCCGAGUCGUUUUGGAUCCAAAUCAACCUGAGACUCAUAUCCAGACUACCCCACGCCAGGAUGCUGCCUCUUCCAGGCGUACAGACUCCCUUCACCAUUUCGACCAAGUCUCACCGCAAAGGAGCAGUGUCGUGAGCGAGAGACACGACUCACUGGACAGAAUGGCCAUCAGCUUCCCCGUGGCAGUGGAGACGUUCCGUAUGAUGGGGGAGCUCAUCGCCCUCUACAUGGAGCUAAAGGAGACCAUGAAGGAGCUGGACGAGAAGAAGGCUGGCCAGUCCGACCUGGAGAAGAUCCAGUACCUGUUCUCCCUCAUGGUGCAAAAGACCAUCCCGCCGGAAGUGCAGGAGCAGACAAAGAACAUAAAGGCCCUGGCCAAAGAAUUCCGGCAGGAGAAAGCAAAAAUGGACAAGAUACAGAAGAUCCUGGAGGGCGACACGCACCCAGACAUGGGGAAGGAGGUGAAAAGCAGCCAGCUGAGCUUGCAGCUGGGCCUCCUCAGAGUCACCAUGGCCGACAUCGAGAAGGAGCUGGCCGAGCUGAGGAACAGCCAGGAGCGGGGCAAGGCCAGCCUGGAGCAUUCGGUCUCCGAAGCCUCCCUUUACCUGCAGGAUCAGCUAGACAAGCUCCGGAUGAUCAUCGAGGGCAUGCUGGCCUCCUCCUCCACGCUGCUGACCAUGAGCAUAGCACCUCAGAAGACCCCGCUAACCCUGACGCCUGGCCAUAUUGACCCUGGGGCCACCUGCCCAGCCUGCAGCCUGGACCUGGGCCACCAGGUCAGCACGCUGGUGCAGCGCUACGAGCAGCUGCAGAACAUGGUCAACAGCCUGGCGGCCUCCCGGCCCUCCAAGAAGGCCAAGCUCCAGAGCCAGGACGAGGAGCUGCUGGGCCACGUGCAGAGGGCCAUCCUGCAGGUGCAGGGCGACUGUGAGAAGCUCAACAUCACCACCAGCAACCUCAUCGCCGACCAUCAGCAGAAGCAGAAGGACAUCACUGCCUUGUACCAGGGUCUGGAGAAGCUGGAGAGGGAGAAGGCCAACCGGGAGCACCUGGAGAUGGAGAUUGACGUGAAAGCCGACAAGAGCGCCCUGGCCGGCAAAGUGAGCCGCGUGCAGUUCGACGCCACCACGGAGCAGCUGAAUCACAUGAUGCAGGAGCUGGUGGCCAAGAUGAGCGGGCAGGAGCAGGACUGGCAGAAGAUGCUGGACCGGCUCCUGCUGGAGAUGGACAGCAAGCUGGACCGCCUGGAGCUGGACCCUGUGAAGCAGCUGCUGGAGGACCGGUGGAAGUCCCUGCGGCAGCAGCUCAAAGAGCGCUCCCCGCUCUACCAGGCUGACGAGGCCGCCUGCAUGCGGAGGCAGCUCUUGGCACAUUUCCACUGCCUGUCCUGUGACCGUCCCUUGGAGACUCCUGUGACUGGACAACCCAUCCCCGUGACUCCCGUGGGGCCCAGCCUGCCGGGGAGCCGCUCCACGCGCCCCUACACCAUCUUCGAGCUGGAUCAGGUCCGGCAGCAGAGCCGCAGCCUGAAGCUGGGCAGCGGCGCCUUCCUGAGGGCCGACCUGGCGCCCCUGGAGCGGAGCGUGGGGCGCCUGCACUCCAUGCACUCCAAGAUGCUGAUGGACAUUGAGAAGGUGCAGAUCCACUACGGGGGCUCGGUCAAGGCCAGCAGCCAGAUGAUCCGCGAGCUACUGCAGGCCCAGUGCCUCAGCUCCCCCUGCUACAAACGGGUGCCGGACGUGUCGGAUUACGCCUACUCGCCGGUGCCCCGGCCCUGCGGCGGCAGCCACACGCUCACCUACCCCUACCGCCGUGCCCGCCUGCAGCACCUGCCGCAGGGCCUGCACCCCGAGGAGAUCCAGCUUGCCCUGAAGCACGAGGUGGACAUCUUGGGCCUGGAUGGACACAUCUACAAGGGGCGGAUGGACACAAGGCUGCCCGGCAUCCCGAGCAAAGACAGUGACAUCACCAGGCAUAAGACCAAGCUGUCGCGGCUGCUCCACGUGCAGCGGCACCCGUCGUCCCUCGGUGACAGCGGCCAGCUGCCCUCGCGGCCCCAGAGCGCCGAGGUGCCGGCCGGCAACACCUCAGCUUCUCCUCCCCAGCGGGCGGACAGACCGGUCUCCUCGCAGGGACGCCUCUCCCAGCAGCUCAGCGCCCAGGAGGGGCCCGAGAUGCGCCUGGAGGUGCCCCCUGGGGAGGGGCUGGAGGAGCCCACCCGCGGGCCGAGGUCCUCCGCUGAUGACCGAGCGGAGCUCUGAAUAAAGGCCGAGGAAGCAGCUCCGG